GGCGCGGCGGCGGGAUGCGGGUGGCGGUGUCGCUGUCGCUGUGCUGGCUCUGGGCGGCGGGGCUCAGCCUGCCCCGGCUGCGCCUGUCCUACCGCGAGCUUUUAGCCUCCAACCGCUCCGUGCUGUUCUUUGGCCACCGCGGCUCCCUGGGCCUGCGCUGCCUCUACCUGGACGAGUACCGCGACCGGCUCUUCCUCGGAGGCAAGGAUGUGCUCUACUCCCUGCUCCUGGACGGGGCCACUGCAGGUGCCAAGGAGAUCUAUUGGCCACCCCGCCCUGGGCAGACGGAGGAGUGUCUUCAGAAGGGGAAGGACCCAGGGACUGACUGUGCCAACUAUGUCCGUGUGCUGCAUCCCUACAACCGGACACACCUGCUGGCCUGCGGGACAGGCGCCUUCCACCCCAUGUGCACCUUCAUCUAUGUGGGGCACCGUGGUGAGCACACCUUCAGCCUGGACGCUGCCAGUGUGGAGAGCGGCCGGGGCCGGUGCCCGCACGAGCCCAGCCGCGCCUUUGCCAGCACCGUCAUCGGAGGGGAGCUGUACGCCGGCCUCACGGCAGAUUUCCUGGGGCGCGAUCCUGGCGUGUUCCGCAGCAUGGGGACGCGCUCCGCCCUGCGCACGGAGGUGGAUCAGCGCCUGCUGCAUGAUCCCAAAUUUGUGGCAGCCCACUUGAUCCCAGACAACGAUGACCGGGACAAUGACAAAGCCUAUUUCUUCUUCACGGAGAAGGUGGUGGAGGCAGACAGCAGGGAGCACGCCAUUGUCAGCCGUGUGGGGCGUGUCUGCGUGAACGAUGCUGGUGGCCAGAGGGUGCUGGUCAACAAGUGGAGCACCUUCAACAAGGCCCGGCUGGUGUGCUCAGUCCCCGGCCCUGAUGGCAUUGACACCUACUUUGAUGAGCUGGAGGAUGUCUUCUUGCUGAGGACGAAGGAUAGGAAGAACCCAGAGAUCUAUGCCCUUUUUAGCACUGUCAGCCACGUUUUCCGGGGCUCUGCUGUCUGUGUGUACCGCAUGGCCGACAUCAGGGAGGUGUUCAAUGGGCCCUUUGCCCACCGGGAGAGCCCCCAUCACCAGUGGGCUGCCUACGAGGGCAGGGUGCCCUACCCACGGCCGGGCGUGUGUCCCAGCAAGACCACCAACCAGCCCCGGCGGCAGUAUGGCACCACCAAGGACUUCCCUGAUGAGGUGCUGCACUUUGCCCGUGCCCACCCCCUCAUGUUCCAGCCCGUGCUGCCCCGGCACCGCCGGCCCCUCCUGGUGAAGACUGACCUGCCCCAGCGGCUGCGCCAGCUCGUGGUGGACAGGGUGGAGGCUGAGGAUGGGCAGCAUGACAUCCUCUUCCUCGGCACAGAUGCUGGCUCGGUGCUCAAGGUGGUGGUCACGCAGAAGACAAACUCAGCCGUGACUGAAGAAGUCAUCCUGGAGGAGCUGCAGGUUUUUAAGAUGCCUGUGCCCAUCACCCAGAUGGAGAUCUCUGUCAAACGUCAAACGCUCUAUGUGGGCUCCAGCCUGGGCGUGGCCCAGGUGCGGCUGCACCAGUGCGAGUCCUACGGCACUGCCUGUGCCGAGUGCUGCCUGGCCAGGGAUCCCUACUGUGCCUGGGAUGGCACUGCCUGCACCCACUACCAGCCCUCGGGCAAGCGCCGCCAGCGCCGCCAGGACGGGCGCCACGCUAACCCUGCCCACCAGUGCCUGGACCAGAACCUCACCGUGGACGAUUUUGAGAGCAUUGAGGAGAAGGUGCUCUACGGGGCAGAGGACAACAGCACCUUCCUGGAGUGCGUGCCCCGCUCCCCGCAGGCCAGCGUGCAGUGGUUUGUGCAGAGGCCGCCUGACGAGCAGCCAGCUGUGGGCAGGGACCAGCUCCCUGUGCUGCUGCUGGGGCCUCUUCACCUGCUGCUGUGUGGCUUGCAGUGCUGCCAGCCUGGUCCUCCUGGAUGGGCAGGUCCCUGUCACCCUCAGGGGCUGCAGGGUCACCUCACAAACAGGCAGUGAGGUGGGACAUGUUGGCCCCCCUUGCUCUUGCAGGUGAUGCAGCAGGUGGGGGCCGUGGUGCCUGGGUGGGCUGGGGCACAGUGGCACAGUGCCACCCAGGCCAUGCUGUCACCCAGGUGCUGCCUGGGUCCCUCUGUGAAUACUGGGGCCAUGUGUGGUGCCAUGGGGAGCGGCUGAUGGCUCCAGGCUCUUUCCACACCAGCACAGAGCCUGGGGAAGAUGAUGCCUGCUCAUCUGUAUGGGGGAAAGCCAGCAUCAUCCCAAAAAGCCUCUGUGUGCAGGAGGAGCUCUGUCACCUGCUGUGCCUGGGGAGCCAGAGCUGUGCUGUGCCACCCAAGCUGUGUCCUGAGGGACAGGGCUCCUGCCUACCCUCCCUUGGCACUGGGACACACUCAGCAGUGCCAGCUGUUCCUGGGUGCAGCUCCCCACUACCCCUCUCACAGUUUUAGGGCUGGACAGGGCUGGGGAGAAAAGAAAAGCCAAUGGCUGUGGGCAGGUUAGACCUGUUCCUGGGUAAACACUGGGAGAGGCACUAAUGCCACCACUGUCACUGUGCCCAGGUGGGAGCAGGGACAGGCAGAGGGCAGCCCCAGCAGAGUUUGGGGGGCUGCACCACACCGGGGGUGGUUUCUGCUGGUGGGUGGCCCUGCAGGGCUGGUUUGGGUGGGCCUCUGCUGCCUGGCAGAGCUAAAGCAGCACCCAGGGCCUCCCCCAAAUGCAGGGGUUGGGGGUAGGAGCAUGGAGGGCACCUCCAGGCUGCCAGCAAGGUGUUCCUUGCUUUCCUCAGCCGGAAUGAGCUCACUCACUGAGCCCGGGGUGAUAAAGAUCGGCCCCUUCCUGAGGCAGGGCAGCCCCACACAAUGGUGUGAACCGCAGCCCCGCCGGGACCGGCAUUGUUCAGAGCUGCAGGAACGGGAAAGAAAAAUAAUAAUAAUAAUAGUAAUAAUAAUUAAAAGGCCCUAAAUAGCUCACACAAAGCCAGGUCAUGAUAUCAUCUCUCCUCCCCGUGGGCAUUUGUGCUGCAGCAGCAGCUCCCUGGGAGCACUGCCCCAUCCCAGAGAUGGGCUGGGGGCUUUGCCCUCUUUUCCUCCCUGUCCCACCUGUCCUGCAACCUCCUGGGAUGGGAGAGCUGUGGUGGGGCUGGCAGGCUGGGACAUUUCUGCAGGGAGGGGAGUGGUGCGGGUGGUGCUGAUUUAUGGAGCCAAGCACGGGGAUCUGGAUAAUUGCAGGCCUGGGGGGCACAGGUGAACAGCAGCCAGCAUGCAGAGACAGGGAGGGAUGGGGUGAAAAGCCUGAAAUGAGACAGCAGUGUGAUUCCCCAGGGCCCGGAUUACGCAGCUCUGCAGUGCCUGCACUGACCUGUGCACCCCUGUGCCCCACAGAGCAGGGCUGGGCUGCCCAAGCUGGGGGAGGCAGCAGGAGGGGCCCUGAGGGCUCUGCUGCCUUUGGGAUCUGGCCUGAGGUGAGCUGUGACACGCUGGAGGUGGCACCAGAGCCAGUAAUGCUUCAGAUUGAGCAGGAACAUGCACCAGGAGCAAACAGUCCCUAAAUAUUCCCUUCUUUUUUUGUACUUUUUGUACAGGUAUUUUGUCCCUGCUCCCAGUAAAUCUCUGGGGUGGCUCAGCCUGGUGCUCCUGGGUGCAUUUACCACUAAGGCUGGAGCAGGAGAGAUUUUUUCAGGGCUGCAUUCUGCAGCCUUGUCGCUGGUGAUCACCAGCCAGCUGAGGCAACCUGUGACCCUAGG